AUGGCUGAUUCUGAUAUGGCUGGCAUCGCAGCAGCUUUCCGAAAACGCGAAUCCUCGGCUGAUCCAAACUUGGCCGAGGCUGUGUACAGAGCAGCCAUACUUGUCGAGGAAGCUACCGUAUCAGAGCUCCUACCAGGCCUGUCAUCGCAGAGCAACGAGUGGACAGAGCACGCACAUAGAUUGCAGCUCGCGCUGGGGUGCCUCGCAGAUGCAAAAGACGACAACGAUCCGCCGCCGCCGCCGUUCGCGCAUGGCCACUUCAUCACUCGACCGAGCCCGUGGUUCGCCAACUGCCGAAGCUGCCAGCUGAGCGCCAAGAUGCGCGUGGCAUACACAUCCCACCUGACAGCCAGGCUUCACCUGUUGACACAGCAUAGGCUGCAAGACAACAACACCAUAUAA